AUGAUUCCGUCAUUAAUCAGUCGAUUGUAUAAAGAAAGAUUAUACAGUUUAUUACCUAUUAAUUCGUCCCAUAAAACAUAUAAAGAUGUUGAAAAUGAUAAAUAUUACCUUGCGUUUCGAACUAUUAUUGUAAAUGUAGCAAUGUCUAGAGGCCUUAAUGCUAUUAUUGAACAGACUUUAGACGCCAUUGAUAAAAUUCUGAAUGGUGAGCCAAAUAUUGUUUCUGAUAAUAUUACAAAUGAAAUGAUCCAAUCUAUCUUAGUAUUGAUUAGGCUUUUGAAUGGAAUUUUAGAGUAUUAUUGGAAUGAGAUUGAUAAUUUUGCCAAAAACAAUAAAUAUGAUUCCGAUUAUUCAGUGUUAAUGGAUUCAAAUACUGGUUCUACAAAACCUAUGAAACCUAUUAGACUGAAACAGUAUCCUAGCUUAAUAAAAGACUCAUUAGUCAUGAAAUUAUUAGACACAUGUAUUAAAAUAAAAUUUCAUAUACGGACAUUGCAUAUUUUGGCUAAUAUAUCAAACUAUUUGACACAUACAUCUAAUUCAAUUCCAUUCAAUACAAUUUUACCUGAUUAUCAAAAAGCUUUGAAGGAUAAAGAAAUUUACAAAUUAGCAGAAAUUAUGGAUUAUAAUGUGUGUCAAAUUUCUCGGUUUUUAUCAGCAUCAAAUCCAAACGGUUUCUUUAGAUAUAUUUAUGAUAAUAUCCAGAAAAAAAUUUUUAUAUCACAAAAUGAACUUUGUGUGGUACCAUAUUUGCACUUUCUUAGUCAAGUAUUUUUGGUUAAAUCCAUCGUAUUCCAAUAUUUAGAAUUCUCAAAGUAUAUCUUAGGAUUGUUGAACAAGCCGUUAUUCCAACAUAUUAUAAUGUUCUAUGUCUCUAAAGUUUAUAUCUUCUGGAUUAUGUCUAGACCAGAAGAAUAUGUAUCACUAAUUAAAGAGUAUAAAGUUUUUUUAAAGAAACAUCAAUCUAAAAAUAAUUCAUUACAUGCUUUUAUUACGAAUUUUUUUGAUGAAAUUUAUUCAAAAUACAGUGUAUCAAGUGUUUUAACUAACACGCAAAAUGUUACUUCAAAGGAUUUCAAUAGAAUCAAUCCAGAAACUAUGACAAAUGACAACGAUAAUAAUAAUAAUAAUAAUAAUAACGAUAAUGAUAAUGAUAACGAUAAUGAUAAUGAUAAUGAUAAUGAUAAUGAUAAUGAUAAUGAUAAUGAUAAUGAUAAUGAUAAUGAUAAUGAUAAUGAUACAAUCUAUUACUUUCCUUAUCCCACAACUAGCAUUUUUAACUCAUCUACAAUUCAUUCAAAUUUACACGCAUCAAAUAUUUCUCAUGAUUUUAAAAACGAUCAAGGCAAUUCAAGCAACCUGUCUAAUCUUUCUUUUCCGUUCGUAAAUGCAUCAUCAAACAUUAAUAUAAGCGAUAACAUAGAAUAUAUGAACCAAGCAUCAUUAUCACCACUAUAUGAUCAACUUAGGAAUGCUGAUGAUUUUUUUAAUAAUUCCAAUAGUCCUUAUACCCUCAAAAAUAGUAAAAGAAGAGAAGCAAAUUUUGAAAAUGUAGAUGACCUAUACCUUAAGUUAAAAGUGGGUAACCUAACUUCGAGGACCCAUAAGAUAUCUUCAUCCCAAAACACUAGUCACUUGAGUGGUAUUUUAAUACUCUUCAGUUAUUUCGAUGAUAAUGAUCCAUUAACUCAUAUUGCACCUUUAAGAUUUUUAAUGAUUUUGACUUUAUUUGAUGUGGAAGUGUACCAACUUAUGAAUACACAAUCUUUUAGAAAUUUAUUGAAUACAGAUACGGUCAAUAGCAAGCAAGAGGGGUUUUUUGAUAAUACUUUGUUCCAUUUAGAUAAUAGAUCACCAAAUCAAUCAUUAGAACAAAAUGGUAAGCAGGGUGAUAAACAAAAAAAAGGCUUAAAUCAUAGUUUCAAGAAAUUGUCAUUACUUUCUUUCACAAAGAAAAGAUCUUUUAAAUUUCUCAGUUUACUAAUUAAAAAUUUAAACGAAUCAUUAGUAACUUCAUCCACUGUAGCACUUGACGCUAUAAGAGUCACCUUGAUGUAUUUACUACUAGCAUCUUCUAUUUCUAUGGUUAAUAAAGGUUUUGAAAUUGUUACUUUAGCUAGGAGAAUGAUACCUAUUCUAGGUGUCAAUUUAGGUGUUGGUGAGAAUUGGGGGAAGAAUUUGGUUUCUAACAAGAUAUUAAUAAGAUGGUUAUCUAAAAAUCAACCAAAACUUAAUCAAUUUAAGAUCACGUACAUAAUAUCAGUUCUUAGAUUCGAAUCAACCCAUUUCAUGAAAAACUUAGGUCUGUUAACGUUAAAUUCAGAUGCUGAACUAGAAAAGUUAGAUUUAUAUAUUGAAAGCAUAAAAUUAUUCUUUAUCCUUCCUACAAAACAAGAUAUUAUGGAAACAGUCGUUAAUCAAACAUCUUCAUUUUUAAAGGAUUCAUUAUGUUCGAUAACUAGUAUUAUAUUGACAGAUCAUCCAACUUUAGCUGAAAAGGUAACAUCUUUUGUGGAUUUUAUUAUUGAUGGAAUUAUUCGUGAACAGGUCGACAACAUGAAUUCAUUUAGUAGUAGUGACACACUAUCGAUUGUUUCUUCAGUUAAAGAAAACUCUCCGCUUGGAGAUAUUGGUAGCUCUACUGGUAGUCUAGCAUCUCAUUUGAAACAGCAUUCUGUUCAUACAGAUAGCAAUGUAGAUUUAAUGUCACAAAUGAGUUUUUCAUCCACCUCAUCCUCUUCUAACCUAUCGCUCAUGUCCUCAUUAGCUAGGGAUCAGUCGAGAUCUAAUAAUAAUUUGGAAAUAUUAGUAGGCCAUAAUAAUGGUAAUUGUGAGACUUCUUCUCUUAUUGCUCCCCAAGCAUCAGCAUCAUCUUCUAAUAAAAACCAUAGUUCGUUGUUCAUUUCUCAGGAGGAUGAGAAUUCGACUUCACCUUCAAUAACAUCUCACUCCACAUUGCAUGCAUCUUCUACAACACCAUUGUCAAAGCAAUUUGAAUUAUAUGAUUCUCUACUAAUGAAAAAUACUGCUGAACCAAACAAUAGUUUAAUUAGAAGGGCUAUUUCUAAAAUAUCUAUUGAUUCAAGUAUAAAGUCUAUAAGUAGCAGUAAAGGAGAUAGGAAUUAUGCUAAAAAUAUCCUAUUUAAUAUAUUAACGAUAUUUGAUAAAUAUUUAUCAUUAUUUGUUUUACCGUACCAAGAUUCAACUAAUUCUGUUUGGGUGUUGAAUGAUUUUAAAAAUGUUAUUCAACCUAUUUUUAUUUCCAUUAUAUUGUUUAAUCAACAAAUUCAGUCAAUUUCUGAGAGUGUUUUGAAUUCUUUAAUAUUCAAUGUGGAAUCUGUGAUGGAUGAAGUUUCUUCUAUUGCUAUUAAAGGAUAUAUUUUAAUUUGCAACUGUACUAUAUGCUUGAUUUCUAUGAGUUUGUUUGAUUUUGAUAUUAAUGAUGCAAAAAGAAAUGUCCUUAUAAGGAUAAUUAUCAAAAAUCUGAAGUUAAGAAAACAGUUGUUAAAUGUUGCAAAAGAACGUGAUAUAUUUGAUCAGGUAAGUAAUAGUGAAAAGGCUAUAUUUCCAUUGUUAGUUGGUUCAUUAGGUCGUGGGUUAUUGUUAUCGUUAAGUUCGUCUAAUUCUGGUGUUUACAAUGGUCUAAGAAUAAUAUGUCAAGAAUUGGAUACAGCAAUAAGUUUCCACAAUAAAUCUGUUGAUAAUAUAAGUCCUAACAUAUUUAGCAAUUCAUCUUUCCAAGAAAUUCUAGGACAGUGUGAUGAUUUAACUGCCAAUACAGGCUCUGUUUUCUUUCAACGGAAGAUUCGUAAAGGUCUUUUGAAACAUGUAAAGUCCUUAGAUUUAGUAUUACUUGAUAGCAUGUAUGUUUUAUUUAAAAAAUGGAAAAAGUAUUCUAGAAUAGGGAGAAAAUUAGAUACCGGUGAGUGGACAGAAUUUAGGAAUUUGUCAGGUAUUUUAGCAUCACUCUCAGGCCUAUUAUUUUUGGGUUAUAAAAAAAUAGAAGUUGUUGACGAUUCGCAGUAUGAAAAUUUAGUUGUUAAUUUACGUAAAGAUUUUAAUUUUUUUAUCUAUAAACAGUGUCAAUGGUUGAAUGAUUCUGAUUUAAUUAUGAGAGAGAAUGCUAAGGAUGUUAUAAGUAUCGAAUUGCAUCCAUUGUCCUAUAAUAUUCUUUUUGCGCAUUUAAAUGCUAGAAUUGAAGAAUUAUUUACUAGUCAAAUGGUAUUAUCAAACAAUAAAGAUGCAUUUAUAUUAUUGGAACAAAUUAUCGUUACUCUUAGAACAAUCAUGCGAAAAGAAGAUGAAGAAGAAGUCAUGAUUCUUUUCUCAAUGGAUAUAAUGGGAAUUGUUGACAAAUUGCUUAUAGUUGUGUCAAUGAUACCUUAUGAUUUACCACAAUAUUAUAAAGCUAUUAUUCAAUUAUCAAAAAUGUUUAAGGCACUAGAAAGCUCAGAGACAAGUAUGGCAAUAAAAAAUCAUUUUCGUCUUAAAAACAAAUGGUUAAAGCACUUAAUAGAAUGGUUUAAAUUAGCAAUUUCAAAGGACUAUGAUAUCGAGAAUCUUUCCAAGUCACACAGAGAUAUGGAUCUGGUUAGACGUGAUCUGGAUUAUUUAUAUAUUGAUACUGUAAUUGAGUCUUCAAAAGCUAUUGCGUAUUUGACAAAGAAUUUACCCCUAGAAGUAGUUUCUGCUUCUACUGAAGAUGAGAUGAAGAGAUCAAUUUUUGUGAAGUUUGGUAAUUAUUUUAAUAUAUUACUCAAAGGUCUGAGAAAAACUAUGGAUCAUGAAAAAUAUCCUUUAUCUUUGCGUCAUAAAAUAGAUAUUGUAAAUGAAAAUGUUAUUUGGGCUUUGACCAAUUUGUCCCGUGCAAAUAUUGAGAGCAGCUGGAAAUUUACUUUACCAAUGGGUUAUUCAAGUGAUAAGAGUAUACGGAUUGCAUUUUUAAAACUUUUCACAAACAUCGUAUCAUCAAUGCAAACUCAACAAAAGGAAAUUGAGAAUGAAAAAUUAGAAGCAGUUGACAAUUUUUUACAGUUUAUUAUUAAGAAUCCACAAUUAGGUUAUGCAGUUGCUCAUACAUGUCCAUCAAAGGAUUUAGAUGCAUAUACUACUGUUCUUAUUAACGGUUUGAAAAUAAGAAAUGCUGCACAUAUCGUUGUUUGUCAACUGAUAACAGAGGAGAUUGCACAUGCUUUACGACCAAUGGAUAUAUUAAGAAGAAAUAGUUGUGCUACGCGAGCCUUAUCACUUUUUGCAAAAGAUAAAGGGUCAAAAUAUUUAAUUGAUAUAUUGCAACCCAUCUUAAAAGAAUAUGUAGACUCUAAGGAAUAUUUUGAAGUUGAAAGAUUGAAACCCUCGGAACCUAAUUAUGAAAAACAAAUUAGUUUAUUUGUCAAAUAUAUGAAGAUGAUUAUUGAUGCAGUUACACAAUCAGUUGUACGAUUUCCUCCAGAAUUGUUUUAUAUUUGUCAUACAAUAUAUACGGAAGUUGAUAAAAAAUUUCCAGAUUACGCCUAUAUUGCUGUGGGUUCUUUUGUGUUUCUAAGAUUUAUUUGUCCUGCUCUUGUUAAUCCAGAAGCAGAAAAUAUUAUUGAACUAAGUUCCAUUUCUGAAAGUCGUCCAUUGAUCACCUUAGCGAAAGUAAUUCAAAAUAUUGCAAAUGGUUCAGAUAAUGUUAUCAAAUGGCCUUCACUGAUUUCUCAGUCUGAGUUUUUAUCAGAAUGCUCUGUUAAAAUAUUUAAUUUUUUAAAAGAAAUAUGUGCACCUGAAAGAGUUCCUACUAUCAAAAUUAAAAACGAUUGUCCUUCGAAACCAUUCGAAUAUAGUUUUUUACAUCAUCUUCUAAUUACUAGAAGUCUUGAGAUAAGAAAGAAGCUUUUAGAGGGAUUGAAUUAUGUAGAUGAACUUUCCUUCUUUAGAAAGACUUUUCUUCUUAUAGAUGAUCUUUUAGGUAAAUUGGGUGAACCAAAAGUCAUAUUAUCACAAGAAAUUCCAGAGUUUUUUACAAAUAAUAGUGAAAAAUACCCAAUGCUAUAUGAGUAUAUGAAUAGGCAAACAUUUAGGAGUCAUGGAAACGUAAAUAAAGCUUUAGCUGCAAUUUCUGAAUCAAUCACAUCUAAUGGUAUGCCAAUCAUAUCUCUAAAUAUUAAUCGUAGUGUAAUGCAAGACAUUGAUCGUGAAAUGCUUAUUUAUCAAUUGUUGAAAGUGUAUGUUCGAAUUUGGAAUGCCCCUCACUUUUUUGCCAUAGACUUUACUGAUUUUGAUAACUCAUAUUUUGAUAUUAAAAAAAUGGUUAAGUUGCUAAGUAAUCUUUUGCCAAGUUUUACUGUCAGUAAUUGUCAAGGUUUCUACCUAUUGAAUAUUAAUGAAAAUUUCAUACACUGCUGGGAUAUGUUUUUUAAUCAUGAGAAUAUAUACUUAAAAAAGGCAGUUCCUGUUCAUUUUAUAAAUUCUGCAUUAGAUGGAUAUGUCCUUGAAUCAUUAAAUAUUGAAGGUAAUUCUGUGGAUGUUUUGCAAGAUAUUAGAGUCUCCUUGCAUGACAUUGAGUUACAGGACUUAACAAAAAACAUUUCAAUACCAGUAUCCCUUAAAAUUGGUAAUAAAUAUUUUCAAAUAUUGUUUGAAGAUACAAGAGAUAUGGUUAUCAAACAAUUUGAUGAAUUUAUUUCUGUAAAAGUGAACGAAGUACGCGAACUAGUUAAUAUUUCAUCUGUUAGUGUAUCUGCUGUUGUCAAUUCUAAAAUGGAAUUCACAAUAAAGAUGAAUAACUGUGAGACGUUCGUAUUUAUUAGUUCAAAGUAUUUGGAAAUUGUUAAAAUAUUUCAGUAUGCCAUUGCCAGAGAAGAAACUAGCAUGUUAAAAGGACCAUCCACUAUAAUCAAAUCUCAGCUUGAUGAACUUAACAGUGAACUGAACUUAAAUACUGAAUACAAUGAUAUUAUUUGUAACCUAAUUCUGGCAAUGGUUGUGAGUUUAUUUCACCCUGAUAACACUGUAAAAAGUUUAUCAUACAAUUUUUUUGGGGAAGCUAACAAAAUAUUUAAUUUAGGAUUUAAUACAGCAUUUCAUAAUACACCAGAGCUUUAUAUUCCUUCUAAUAUUACAUCAUUCUUAAAUAUGUUAGCAAAAGCUCAAGCUCGUAAGUAUCCUUCAUUAACUGUGAAUAUAUGGAAAUAUAGUUUGAAAGCAAUAAAAAAUCAUGAUAUAUCUAAAGAUUAUAUUCCAACUGCAUUAUAUGCGCUUUCAAAAUGGGUACAAAAUUUGAUGGAUUAUGUUUAUUUAGUAGAUAGGCAAGAAGGACCAAAUAUUAUAGCUCAAAUAUUUAGAGAUCUUAUCAAAUUAAGUGUAGAGGAUAAUGAUUUUGCAACGAUUUAUUUACGAGAAAUUUGGUUUCCGAUAUGUGCCGAUGGAAGACUUUCUGAUAUUCUGGUAGAUGAAGUAAUAAAUCAUGCUUUGGAGAGAGAUUCAGAAAAUCGUCCUUGGAGCAAGAUUAUUCCAAUUAUUUGUAGUUUUCCUACUGUUGAAAUUUCAAGAGAGAUUGUGAAGAGAUUAUUAAUGUCUAUUAGAACUGUCCUAUCUUCGUUUCAGAUGAAGGGAUCGAACCAAAGUUGGGCUGAGCUAAAAAUUUUAGUAAGUAUUGCGACCUAUAGUUUUUUUGAAACAUCAUUUGUUACAAAAAUGUUUUUACCUGAGCUUUUAUUUAGUAUAUCGUUGUUGAUAGAUGUUGGUCCAACAGAUAUGAGAUUAUUAAUUUGCAAGCUAUUAAUGAAUGUGUGCAGUUCCUUAGUUAUUGAUACUUCGCUUGCAAGUAUACAGAAAGAAAAAUUAGAGCUGCUUACAUUAAAAUUUUCUAAUAAUAAAAUCAAGUAUAUUUCAGGUUUUAGUCAACACAAGGACAAAUUGCAGUUAACAUUAAACGUGUCAUCAUUUUCCAGUAAAUUUAACAUUUUAAAAGACUUUAUAGAAGAUAUUUUUGGUAUAAUGCAGAUAUUUCCUGGUGAAGAUCAUAUUGAGUGGAUAGUACGUUAUCGGAAAUUGUUAAAUGAUAUAAUAUUUUCUAGUUCAUCUUUUUUUUCUUCAAGAGCAACAAUGAUUACAGGUAUAAUUUUAAGAAAGCAGCCAUCAGAGACAUUUUGUAGAGAUUUAAUUGUAGAAACUAUUAAAGUCGUAUCGUCUCCAAUUACUACUGACGAAAACAUGUUUAUUAUUAUGGGCCAUUGUUUUACCUUUAAUAUUACUAUUGAUGGUCUUGAUCCAUCAUCUUAUUUGAUUAAAAGAUUAUUCUGGCUUUCAGUUAUUUUGAUUAAUAUUUAUGAUGCAGCGGUAUAUGAAGGAGCUCUAUUACUAUUGUCAAAAACAUUUAAUAAGGUUAGCGCAUAUUGUCAAAAUGAUAAUAAAAAAUAUACUACUUCCGUAGAUAUUUUAUUAGAAUCAAGAAAAUUCGCUUCAAACAUAUUUAAACAAAUAGAUGAAAUCGAUAAUACUGUUUGGAAUCAAGAAAAUUUUGCUCAUAUAUUAGCAAGUAUUAUUAGCAGUGGAUAUUCAGUUUUAUCAAUUCGACAUAUAUCUGUGGAUUGUUUGCAAACAAUUUUUAUGAAUCUUUUUUUGGAAGAAGGCCAACGCAAUAUUUCUACAAAUUAUAGGUGCUUUAUGUUUAUUUUGUUUUUGCUUAUUGAUAAUGAGAAAUUUAUAAACAUAUUACAAAAAGUGGGGUAUAAUAAAGAGAUUGUUGUUUUAUCAAAAGAUUGUAGAAUUCCAGCGGAUUUGCUUUGUUGGUUAGCUUCAGAUUCUGCCUCGUCAAAUACAUCACUAUACCAAGGGUCCUUGAUUUUUAACAAUAAGACAACCGAUGAACAAACUCGAUUUAAAUUUUCACUAAUUAUGAAAUAUUUAUUAGUUACAAAUUCAGUUUGUUUGUUCAGAAUUUAUGGUAAUGUGGAAGAAAGAAUCAAAAAGAUAAUUGUUAUAGAUGGUGUAAGUGAAUCUAUCCCAUUAUUAUUGGAUAUUGUAGGACAGGCUGUUAGGUUCAAUGAUUUUGAUAACAUAGCACAGUAUAAAACAGAAUCGUUAGAGAGGAUAGAGAGACAAGGUUUAAGAAUUAUCAUCGAUUUGUGUAAUGAACAUUUGCAUAAUAAAGAAAGUGGAGAUAUAGAUAAACUCAUCAUAAGAAGAGUAUUGGUUGUAAGAAUUCUGGAAUGUCUAAUAUGUCUAUAG